ACCAGGCACCCGCAUCCAGUGCAGCCCCAGCUCAGGCUCACUUGGCUGGAGACAUCUGCUACUAGAAGAUGUUCUCUUGCUGCCGGCCCACGUCUGGGGGCUCUGGCUCCCAGGAACCCCAGGGGUGCGGCUUGUUCCUAUGCUGUAGGCAGUGGCUCCAGCAUAGGUACCAAGGUGUCAGGGCGGUGAUCAGGAGGCGCCGUCAGGGUGCAGGGGCCGCGGCCGGGAAGGGGCAUCAGAUCGUCCUGACCAAGCUCACCCGGACGGAGCUGCUGGAGUACAAAGUCCGACAACUGCUGCUCGCCUUGCAGCGCAGGGACGUCAUCUACAUCUUCAGCUUUUUAGAGGAUUAUCGUACAUUCGCCACCACGGACGAGGUGCUGGACCUGCUGUUCACCGAGUAUGGGUGCAUCGCAGAUGCGUGGGGUAACAACGAUGUGGUCCUGCAGUGCUGGAAACUGUGAGUGACUCCGGCUCCUGCAGGAGGGCCUUCCCUCUCCUGGAGGGCAGCGAAGGGGCUGUGGGGCGGUGGGGGC